CGUGCUGUGCUAAUCGCGUUGUUACAGUUGUUUAUCACGAUUCCAAUAAGUGCGAGUGCAAUUAGCAUAAGUUAUCUCUUGUGCGUUCGUAAUCAUUCAAAAUGGCCGCAGCGGGGAACCAGAACAUUAACAGUUGAUUCGAAUUCCAAAUUUGUUGGAUGCCCUUGCUGAUUGAAGGAGAAAACUACAUAUCGGGAGAGACGAGAGAGGAGAAACUCACUCUAACCAAACAGUAGGCAUUAGGAAACUCCGGUGAACUUCGGCCUCAAAGCAGUCGCUUUGCAAAUCCAGGGUACGCUUUCAGAGGUGGAGAAGCGCUCUGCAGCGAGAAGGCAAAGCCCUUUUCGGACGCAGUGUUGACUUGGAAGCGUUCCAUCUCGUAAAGCGCGACGUGACGUCACGCUCGCCGGCCGGUAUGUCGUCGUCAACCGUGAGGAUUCUGGACGGGGGCUUCUCCGGGCAGCUGUCUUGCCACGUGGGUGCAAGGAUCGACGGCGACCCGCUAUGGACGGCGCGGUUCCUCGCAACCGACCCGGACGCCGUGCAUGCCACGCACUUGGACUUCCUGCGAGGCGGCGCCGACGUCAUCGAGACCAACACGUAUCAGGCGUCCGUGCCUGGUCUGAUGAAGCACCUGGAGCUGAGCGAGCGCGAGAGUCUCGAGCUGAUCGCCAAGGCCGUGUCGCUGGCUAAAGCGGCCGUAAACGUUUACGUUGAGGAGUCGGGGGAGCAAUGCGUCAACAAGACGCCCAUGGUAGCUGGCUCGUGUGGACCCUACGGCGCCUACCUGCACGACUCGUCCGAGUACAGCGGCUUCUACGGGAAGACUGUAUCCCGGCAGGAGCUGAUCGACUGGCACAGACCGCGGAUUCGCGCGCUGCUGGACGCCGGCGUUGACUUGCUGGCCCUGGAAACCGUACCCUGCGUCGAGGAAGCGGAGGCUCUGCUGGACCUCCUGCGGGAGUUCCCGCACGCUCGUGCCUGGUUGUCCUUCUCCUGCCGGGACGGUCAGUUCAUGGCGGACGGCAGUAAAUUCCAGGAGGUUGCUGUGCGCUGUUACCGAGCCUUACCGUCACAGAUCGUCGCGGUCGGCGUGAACUGCAUCGACCCCAAGCACGUGACUCCGUUGCUGAAGGGAAUCAACGAAGGGGAGAGCUCGUCGGCCGAUUUCGUGCCUCUGGUGGUGUACCCCAACAGAGGCGGCAGCUACUCGGCGAGCGGCGGCUGGACCGCAGUCCCGGAUGACCACAUCUUGAAUCUCCCCAUAUCAGCAUGGUUGGACAUGGGAGUACGUUACAUCGGCGGCUGCUGCAAGAUCUUCGCGGAGGAUGUAAGGGCGAUUCGCUCGCAGGUGGAGCAGUGUCGCGCAAAAGCUACAGCGAUGUGAUGCUUCCAGUGGUGAAGCUGCCCAGCUCGGAACUUUCCGAACUACUCCAAUGAAGUUUUUUUUUACAAAAAAUAUUAACGUACGUGCACCGACUAGAGCCGACGCUGACGUUUGCUGUACGGGUAAAGAUAAGCUCGCGCUCAGUUAUUAGUCGUGUAAAUUGAAUACAAUUACAUAAGUCUAGAUUACUGCUAAGCUGAGAUAUUCUGCGCAGCGUUUGUGUUAUGUCUACGAUGAUCGUUGUAAAUCAUAAGUGUCAGGAAUAAUUAUACAAGUGCCAUAAAACGGAAUUUUCUACAGAAUACGUACAAGUUGGCGAUUCAGGGAACUAAUAAUAUACUAUACCUAUUGUUAUCAAUUUUUAUAUAUACUAUAAUUGUUUAAAAGCAAUAAAAUAUAAAAUUAUUCCUUCAA